CUUUUUCACAGUCGCGUGGAAACACGCGUGCAUAUAAACAGAGGUCCUAGUUUUUGUCAUUUCUACUCUAAAUUAGAUCGUAUUUCGUACCAAAAUGAGCGAAAAUGUACAAGGAACAUUUGUAUCGGAGAAAAUUUCUAAAAUCAGAUGGAAACACGCAGAUUUUGAAGAUGCUACUAAUUUUAUAACCGGUAGUUGGGAUGAUCCGGUAAAUAAAGUAACACAUUGGACAUUUCAAAUGAAUGACGAUGGUGAAUCCUAUCCGGCUGUCGUAUCAUCUUAUGCGAUUCUCGGAGACGUAACUGAAAUAAAGUUUAUUUCAAAAGAUUUCUUCGUGGUGUCAACAUCUAUAGGUACUGUUAGGUUGUUGCAGAUUCAUGAAAAUCCAUACUCUCAAUUUAAAGAGCACAUGUCAUGGGAAUUUAUACACAAAUUUGAUAAUACAAGCGAUUAUGCAUCUUGUACUGGACUUUCUACGUUUGAACAAGACAUAGUUUCAGUGGGUGAAGAUGGGAGAAUUAAUCUUUUAACAGCUGGGCAGAAGCAGCCAAUUAGAUCUAUUAAUGAUGCGGAUAGUUGCUCUAUAUAUUGUAUUGAUUUCUUAAGACAUAAUGAGAUACUUACAGGAAAUUUAAGGGGACAUAUGAAAGUGUGGGAUUUAAGAAAUGAUCAAGAUCUUCCUGCUACAACAUUCAUGCUUUCUGAUCAAUCAAAGACAGAAGCUACGAGUAUUGCUCAUCAUCCUACUCAGAGACAUAUUGUUGUGGCUGGUGGUGGAGAUGGCAGCUUAACAGUUUGGGACUUGAGACAUAAUACGUACCCAAUGUCUCAACUCAAUGCCCAUGCUAAGGCUGUUAGCGAAAUACUUUUUCACCCUGAUAGACCAGAAAAUCUAUUUACGUGUUCAACAAGCGGUGAAUUAUGGCAUUGGAAUAAUGCUCAGCAUUCGAAACUAAGUUUAGACCCUACAAAUACACAUUGGUUAAACACGAUUGGUACAAACGGUAAAGUUAAUGUAACAUCGCUUUGUAGUGCUAUGCAUAAACCAAUAAACAGUAUUGACAUCGAUAGAUCAACAUUACUUUUUGGAUGUGAUAAUGAAGCAAUGUAUAUUGUUAGGAAUAUAGCUGUUUAAUAACUAUCCUAAUUAUAUAUUUUUCUAAUUGUAACAUACUGAGAAAUAAAUAUCUUUUUUAUCUUA